UAUAAAAGUUCACUCGUACAUGCAUAUAUAUAUAUAUAUAUAUAUACAUGAAAAAUUAAACUGGAAUAAUAAUAUUGUACGUACAACAAUAUAUAUGAUGAGGGUUGGAGUAAUAGUGGGAGUUGUAUUUGUGGUGGUGGUGGUUUUGGGUUGUUUGAAGAAUGGGGAAGCAGUAGGGGUAGGAUUGUCCGAUAAUUUUUACGAGGAAUCAUGUCCGGAAGUCGAGAGUAUUGUCCGAGCAGGAGUUCAAUCUGCCUCACUCACUGAUCCUACCACCCCUGCUGCUCUCCUCCGCCUCAUGUUUCAUGACUGCCAAGUUCAGGGCUGUGAUGCUUCAAUCCUAGUUAACCCAGACGGUGUGAUAACGAAAUCAUCCGAGAUGGGAUCGACAAAGAAUUUCGGUAUUCGAAAGAGGGAAUUGAUAAGCCUUGUGAAAUCAGCAGUCGAAGCAGUUUGCCCCAGACGGGUUUCGUGUGCAGACAUUCUUGUAAUGGCCGCUCAUGAAGCAGUUGCCUUUUCCGGUGGUCCAAGAAUUAUUCGUCUCCCUUUAGGCCGAAGGGAUUCUAUCAAUCCUCCAAACGCUGGAUUAGCCGAUGCUUCGCUCCCUCAUGCGGAUAUCGGUCUUGAUAGCACGCUUCAACUCUUUGCGAAAAAGGGCAUGACUAUCGAAGAAUCCGUCGCCAUUUUAGGUGCACAUACACUUGGAGUCACACAUUGCAUCAAUCUCCAGAGCCGUCUGUACAGUACCCAAAAAAGCAACGCAACAAAUCAAAAUCCAGCAUUCGAAUUAUCACUAAAAACGAGGUGCCCUCAACUAGCGGGCCCCACAGCUUCAAAAAUCAGUUUCAUGCAGAACGACCUCACCUCAGUAAUCUUCGACAACGAGUACUUUGUGAACUUGAUGAGAGGCCGUGGAUUGCUGAACAUUGAUUCCGACAUGGCUGUCGAUUCAAGAACAAGACAGUUUGUGGAGAAAUUUGCCGAAGAUCAGGGUGCGUUUUUUCGUGCUUUUUCUUCGGCUUUUGUGAAGCUCUCUUCUUACGGUGUUCUUACAGGGAAUCGGGGUGUUGUAAGGAGGAGUUGUGGUGCUUUGGAUUGAGUGGCUUGUACCUCAAAAGAUAUGUUACAAGUUCAAAAUUGUUACAUUUGUCUUCAAAAGACUAUACUAGACAACAUAACAAACAAUCCUACUAGUGCUUUCAAAGUCGAUAUUCGGCAAAAUAACAAAUAUAUGUUGGAACUUGAUA